AGAAGGGUCAAGAAAAAAAAGCAUAAAAUCUAAGUAUAUAUUUCUAUUAAAUCUCUACAAAAUCUGAUCCAGCGAUGCAAUAAAUACAGGAGCAGAAAACAGCUUAAAAAUGGGUGUUGGAGAUCUCUGAUUUCUCAGCAGUUGCUGUGUUUUUCAGAAAGUUUUGCUGUAAGAAAAAGCUUGAGAUUCUCAUACCAAAUUAAGCUCUGUAGCAGAUCAUCUCUCUAAAGAAGAAGAAGAAGAAGAGGAGGAGAUAUGGGUAGCAGUCACUAUGGAGAUCCAAAUUUGGGAAAUGAAAGAGGUGGGUCUUCAAGGAAAGGCAAGAAGAGUAACUCAGAUAAGCCUAAGCAACCACAGAGAGGCCUUGGAGUUGCCCAAUUGGAGAAGAUCAGAUUACAUGGCGAAAUGGGUAGUAGCUAUCAUCCCUCUCUUCAUGGUUCUUAUCCUUCCAAUUUCAACCAGGAGGAUGUGAGAUUACAAACAGCUUAUUCAUCCGUACCAUCAUCAACUUCUUUUAAUUACACUUCAUCAUCUGCUGCUUCCUCAGUUUCCCAUGGUCUUCACCCUAACAUCAUGAUGGGGCUAGGUGAUCAUUAUGAGAGACUCAACAUAAGAUAUGGUGAUACCCAACCACCCACAGGAGCAAAUUGGAACUCUGGAAAUAGUUUCAUGGAGGCUCAAAAUUUCUCACAGCCAGGCUCAACUAGACACCUUUUAAAUCUACAAAUUGAGGACACACAGCCAAAGAAGAGCAAGAAACAUCGGAGUAACUCGAUUGGUUCCAGCAGCCAGAAUUCUGAAUCGAGUGACAAUCAAGAACCAGAUUUGGAGCUGAAAUUGUCCCUUUAAUUAUCUUCCAAUCAAAUGGGGAUCAACAAACAAUCUUUUACAUUCCAUUGGAAGUUCACGAUGCUGGUUCUGAUGAUGAGCAAGCAAGGUAAUGGAUUGAAGUUUCAUCCUACAAGGGAUCUUGUGUAAUGAAAAAUAGGUUAACUUUCUGCAAAAAGACAUGAAAAUUUUCUUCUUGUUCAUGAACUAUGAAAGAAAUGAGAAAGUAAUAGUUCUUACAA